AUGACUUCCGAAGUCAUUGCGCUUUGGAAGCAGUGUACAGAAGCGAACCGAAUCAUUGUUGUUGACGGUGACCAGAGCGCGAUGGCGGUUAAUCUUGCUUUCGCAAAUUUCUCCCUUGGCCGCUUCGAACAGUCUCUUUCGAUUUUGGAACGUUUUGUAAACGAACAAACGGAUGGCAACAUUGUGGUGAUGCUGAAUGCUGCUUUGCUCGGAGCGACUGUCUGCUUGUUUCUUUUGCGGAUUUGGAUGUGCAGCUAUCUGAAUGCCUUGCAGCAGUACAAGGCGAAUGAGAUCAAGUCUGCAUGUACGACGAUAGUCAGCAUGUCUGAAGAGCUGAAACACUGCAGAGCGAGCCACGGACUGAACGAUUUCGACUGCAUUACCAGCAACACAUUAGGCUGCUUUUAUUCUGCUAUGAACAAACCCAAUUUGGCAGCGACCUACUUUCAGCGGUCCCUUGGUUUCAGCUAGCUCUCUCGUCGAAGGCUGUUCAAUGGUAUGCAAAUUACUUAUAAUCUGGCCGUCUCUCUGCUGAGGGCAGGAAUGUACGAAGUAGCACUGCAACACCUCGGUCAAGUGGCCAGGGUGUUUCCGAACGACCCCUUGGUGUGGCUACACAUCGCCGAAUGCUGCAUUUAUGCAAAUACCGUAUCCAAUGAAUCGUUCUGCAACACUUCGGAAUGUUGUAAAAAACUGGUAAAGGGCGUCGUUGGUAGUGGUCAGUGUCGAAAACUUCUAAUAAACACCAUGAACCCGGCGCCUGUGAAAGAGAAGCAACCUCAGAGUUAUGGGCAGCAGCCGGAACUUUCUUUGGAUUUUGCCUUUAUGGCUCUCCAGAAUGCAACUCUUGUUCUGGACAACAGCACCGUCAACCAGGCUCUGAACGAUCAGAAGCGCCCUACUGAAUUUUCCGGUUUGCACGCUUUCUCCGAUCGUGACAGGGCGACUAUUGGGUAA